AUGGGCUGGCAAGCAGGGACGGGUCUCGGAACGACUGGUGAAGGUAUUGUGACUCCGGUUGAAUCCAAGCUGCGUCCAAGGGGCAUGGGUCUGGCGUUCAAGGGCUUCAAGGAGAAGACCGAGCAGGCGAAAGCGGAAGCACGUAGGAGGGGAGAGGUAGUUAGUGACGAUGAGGAGCGGCCCGCGGCGAGGAAGGGACGCAAGGCUGCGAAGGCACAAGAGGACAGGGCCGAUGCUUGGAAGAAGCCGAAGAAGGUCAAGACGAGAAUCGAGCACAAGACCUAUGAGCAGAUCAUCGCGGAGGCGGGCGAGGAGGCGCCACAUGCAGGGCUAGGCCAAAUAAUCGAUGCGACUGGCGCGACGCCUCGUGAGGUCUCAUCGCUCGCAGAUGUCUCGAUGGCAUCAUGGACACCAACCACGGACCCCAUGCGGCUACCGGAGGUUAGACACAACCUUCGACUUAUCACGGAAGCCUGCAAGGGUGAUCUGGAUGGCCUUGCUCGGGAGGCAAGAGCACUCGAAGAACGCAAGAAGUGGGUCAGGCAGGAGGAUGCUAGGCUGCGCAAGAAAGUUGAGGAGGAGGCGGAACUAAUUACACGCUUGCAACAAGUGAACUUAGUCGUCGACAAUAUCAGUGCACAAGCCAGAGAAAUGGCCUCCAUGUACGAGGCGUCAUUAGAGCCGUUCUCUGCCAACUUCGAGAAGCUGCUCGGGCAAUUCCCCAAGGAAUUUGACGGAUACCGACUAGACGAGGUGGUCGUUGGCGCAAUCGCGCCAGUAGUCCGGAGAAUGCUUGCGCAGUGGCAGCCGCUCGAGGAUCCUACGGCUUUCACUCAAUUAUUCCGUCUUUGGAGAGGUGCCCUGAAGAUGUCUGUAGUAGAAGAGAAGCCGCCAGAUCAAAUACAGGUGUAUGGCUCGAGUACUUUAUUAACCGGAGUAUACAGGGAGAGGCCUAUGUCCCCGUACGAAAGCCUUCUUUGGAACGCAUGGCUACCCAAAAUCCGCUCGGCUAUCAACAACGACUGGUCGCCCGAUGACCCUCAGCCAGCGGUGCGGUUGUACGAGGCCUGGUCCAGCUUUCUGCCCCCUUUCGUCCGCGACAACUUCUUUGACCAACUCGUCCUGCCGAAGGUCUCCAAAGCUGUAGGUGAUUGGAAUUCACGAAGUAGCAAGGUUUCAUUGCAGACUCUGGUGUUUCCAUGGCUGCCCCAUGUCGGUCUUCGACUGGAAGAAGUCUUGGGAGACGCACGAAGAAAGGUCAAGAGUCUCUUGCGCGGUUGGGCGGUCAUCGAGGGCAUGCCGAAGGACCUUGCGGUCUGGAAAGACGUGUUCGACGUGGGCGAUUGGGAUACAAUGUUGUUGAAAUACGUCGUACCGAAGCUUGGCUCCCGUUUACGUGAAGAUUUCCGCAUCGACCCGCGCAAUCAAGACAUGGAUCCCCUUCAGGAUGUCAUGGCGUGGGAGAGCCUGCUCCGCCCGUCAAUUAUCUCACAGCUCCUGGAGACCGAGUUUUUCCCCAAAUGGCUCGACGUUUUACACAUUUGGCUCAUCCAGCCCAGUCCGAGUUUCGAAGAGGUUGCGCGCUGGUAUUCGUUCUGGAAGGGCACAUUCUCGGAGAACAUACAGGCGAUGCCUGGUAUUGCGCAAGGGUUCACGCGCGGUUUGCAACUGAUGAACAAGGCUAUCGAACUUGGACCGGACGCGCCUACUCAGCUUCCUCGCCCUGAUCACCGAACACCACUCUCCACUUCUGCGACGCCUGUACCUAAAGCGAAGGCACCCAAGGCACGACCAGCGCGGACGCAGGAGAUCACGUUCCGUUCGAUUGUGGAGGACUACGCAUCUUCGCACAACCUCCUCUUCAUGCCCACAGGACGUGCGCACGAGAAAUCGAGGAUGCCACUCUUUCGCGUGUCGCCAACGGCAGACGGGAAGGGUGGUUUGCUUGUGUACAUCGUAGACGACGCCGUGUGGGCGCCGGAUGGCGACGACUAUCGGGCCGUUUCGCUAGAGAACAUGGUUCUGAGAGCGACCAGAGAAAAGUAAUUCGUGCUCACGUGAGAUCAACAUGCUUAUUGUACCACUGCUGUAAUGUCUAUCUAAUGGACGGUCG